AUGUGGAAUAUGACGCUGCUGGCCAUUGGCCUUUUCUUCUUGCGACGCACCGGCUCCAUAAGAAAUUAUCCACAGUUCUACUCUUUGUUCGAAUUUCCGAUCCGGACUAGAAGUAAGAAAAUGCAGAUCCACCAGCUAGUCCUGUUCUCCUUCGUUGGACUUGCAGCUUCUGCGCCUGUUGCGGAAGAUAAGCGCAGUGGCAUUCUAGAUGGCUACGAGUCAGCCGGUGAUAUGGACUUUCCCAACGCCCCCAAGAAUGAGCCCACCCAAGAGCCAGACAGGUUGUUCAAUGGAAUCUAUAUACCUCACACCAUCGAAUGGAAAAUCCCCCCUCAUAGACGCUCGGAAGCUGAAACGGACUUGUCAUCCGGUGGCGCCAAGGAGACCGAGGACGAUAUCGAGGACUACAUUGUUGCAACUAUGAAAGAGCUAUACCGUAUUCGGAAGAAUGGUGACAAUCCUUUCAUUGACGGCUUCUCGUCCUCGAAACUGUGCCCCUAUAAUACCAAGAGCUGUCUGGGUAUUUUCGAAAGGAUAUUCAGUGAAACCUUUGCCAAUUUACCUCAAGGGGUCAAGCCACUAGAGAAAUGGUCGUACUUACCCCCUGAGACGAGGCAUGGCAGCCAACCACACUGGCGUAUCCCCUUAAUCGUCCUCUGUCACUUGAGGUCAAUUGACUUUAUCCAAAACGACGAUGGUACUGCUCCUAAGCACUUAAUUAAGGUUAUGGUCCUCAAGUACACCACCCAAACCUCUUUCCUUUGCCACAAGACCUCCCACCCCAAAAUGAGAUUUCAACAGUUCGCUCUCUUCAGCUUGGUGGCUCUGGCAGCCGCGGUUCCUCUUUCUGCGAAGGAUAACCGUGUCAAGCUUGCAUCGGAAGCCUCUCUGUCUCGUAAGAAUGAGUACAGCGAUAUCUCCGCUCGUGCCACUAUCCCUGGUAUCAGGGGCGAGAAAGUCAAUUUGAUUCUUCGCGGUGAAACGGCCGCAAACGGUACUGGACAUGGCAGUGGUGGUGAGGGUGGCAAGCAGGGCGGAGGAGGCAACGGAGGCGGAAAGGAUGAAGAAGGUGAAGAAGGCGGAGAGGGUGAAGAAGAUGAAGAAGGUGAUGAUGAGGAGGGCGAUGACGAGGAGGGUGAGGGUGGUGAUGGUGGAAAAGGUGAUGAUGGAAAAGGUGAAGAGGGCCAUAAGGGUCCACACGGCGGCAAGCACGGUCAUGGAGACGAGCACGGUCAGGAAGGCCGGCACGGUCAAGGAGGCGAGCAUGGUCAAGGAGGUAAGCACGGUCAGGAAGGUGAGCAAAGUGAGGGAGGCCAGCACGGUCACGGAAACAAACAUGGCCAGGAAGGCCAGCAUAGUAAAGGAGGUGAGCACGGUCAGGAAGAACAGGAUGGAAGCAACGGCCAAGAGGCCAAAGGAAAUAUGCAGAGAGCCAACCAAAGCCGCUAA